AUGGAAGAGGAGUAUGAGCGCACAAACGCUCGCCAGUGGGACGAGUCUCUGCAGAACGACACAACCUCCCGCGCGACCCAUGCGGCUCAGCAGCAACCCCAACAGCAUCCGCCUGCGCCACGAGUGCCAUCGCAGUCCCUGCAGUCUUCACGACCGCAGCUGCAGCACGCUCGCGAUGGAUAUCAGCGCGACGGUCCACACCGCCCACGUCAUCCCCAGACGAACAGCGGAUGGCAAGGCGCGCAUCCCGAGAAGAAACGCAGUUGCCGUGUCCCUAUUCCCAGCGAUGAAAACGACCAUGUCCGUGCGAUGGCCAAACUCGCUGGUCAGACACCGCAGUUGCGUGCCGAUGCGGAAAAGAGACAUCGGAAGCAAUUGCAGCGGCAGAUAUAUCGCCUGAUGCCUCCUUCCACUCAGUCCUUCGAAUCCAUCGGUACAUUUCGCUGGCCGACCAACGAAUGCCGUCCGGAUGAGGUCCUCGGUGCUAAUCUCGAAGCUCUGGAUCCAAUCCGCAUGAGUACAGAGUGUUACAUUACGUCGUCGCGGGACGGCUCCGCCUUCCAGGUCCUAGGGAGCAUGACAGGGGUGCAAAAAGCCCUGAUGUCCCUGAGGCAUACAUGUUUUCAACUUGCUUCGCGCAACAUUCCCCCGAUCCGAAAGUGUGUGUCUCACUGGCGCACCAAGGAACCAUGCCUAUACGUGCAUCUGGGUAUGGAGUAUUCCAAUCCAGAGCCCGGAGUUGCUGCCAGCAGAUCACCUCGUUGCGAUGGGUUCAUGUCCGAUGUGACUGAUCUUGAGGCGACCAAGAUCCGCGAGAAUUGCUGCAUUGAGGCUAUAAAGGCCACAAUUGCCGACUCGUUGCGCAAGAUCCACUAUCUUUGCGCUCACAUCCAGUUCCGCAUUCGGCUUGGCACGUUUACCCUAGUCUCGUGGAAGGGUCUCGGCGAGAACGAAAUGUGGGAUCUUUCUGAGUACGAGGAAAUGACAGCUAUGCCUCAGUUUCGAGGAAGAGUCACCGAAGAACUUGGUGACACCGCAACGGAGAAUGAUGCGCUUUCUAACCUCCAGAAGGGAGAGAAGGUGCUCUUACCUCAUGAUCCUAUGAAGAGUGGUCUCUGCGAGGUGAGACCAACUUACUCUGCGGACUUUGUGUUCAAAGACGAAGCUGGUAACCUGCAGCUGACCAUGUCGUGGUCGCGAAAUGAGGACCUUGAAGGUGGCGGUUUCCAGCUCGUGCCGAAUGGAGAGAACUGGACUCGUCUGGAUCGUGACACGGGAAAGGCUACGGACAUGGUCGACCUGAUUAUGACAGAUCUACAUACCGGCUCUGCUUGGGACUUCGAGAUCAAGACAUCACACGAUGUGCCUCCUGAUCGUGUUCCUCCCGAGCUCCGGAAAUUCGCAAAGGGGGUCAAGAUCACCGUUCCGCCAGCAGACGACCUUCCCUGCAUUGAGUUAACUCACAGCAUCGGUCCCAUCUAUAUGAGACGGAGCGCCGUGUAUCUCUACAACAUCAAAAGUACCGAUUACACAGUCGAGCUCUUACAUUUCCAAGUCAAAGAGAGGGCUUUGUCAGAUCCAUCAAACUCGGAUUCCACAUUCAAGUUGCGCCAACCGCGCUGGAGCCUAAGUGUGUACCGUACGGAUUGGGACAAUCAAUUUGCGCAGAAUGAGCGUCUCAAAGUGAGCGAUAAGGCGACUUGGAACGACGAUUUCGAGGUGUGGUUUCCCCAGGAGGCUUCUUUCGACCAGGCGGGAAGCGAGGCUGGGUUUAAUCAACUGCUGCAGAGACUCGGAGAGGUCGAGAAGGUUGUCAAAGGAUGGGCUGAUGAUGGAGAGGAACAAUACGAUUGA